AUGACUGUUAAUUACCAACUAGAUGUCUCCUCUGGGAAUCCCUUACUGUUUUUAAAAUUGUUGAGUCGAUGGAGGGGAUCCAUCUGGAAAUCAGUGGCUGGCGACUUGGCUGUGUGGUUGGUAUUCUUUUAUGCUGUACAUUUUACAUAUCUAUAUGUGCUUUUAAAGGAUUGGCAGCUAAUUUUCGAUAAAAUUUCAAUACAUAUGGAUGACCGUAUGAAAUACCUUCCUCUGACUUUCAUGCUUGGAUUCUUCGUGACUACAGUUUUCGAAAGAUGGAGAAGUGCUCUAAACGUAAUGCCUUUCAUUGAAUCGGUGGCUCUCUCUGUAGCAGUUUUGUUGCCAGGAAAAGGAGAAGAAGAUCGAUUGACGAGGAGAGCGAUAGUCCGAUAUGUAGUAUUGCACCAGGUCUUGGUCUUCCGUGACAUCUCAAUGCGAGUUCGUCGUCGUUUCCCAACUCUUCAAUAUGUUGUGGAUGCUGGGUUUAUGGAGCCAGAAGAGCGAGAUGAACUAGAAGCAGUGUGCUGUAAUCCCGGACAAAACUAUUGGGUUCCUAUAAACUGGGCAAAUUCCUUGGCACUAGAUGCUCAUCAGAGAAAAUUGAUAGAUCAGCCAACAGCGUUUAAUAAUUUGAUUCUGGCUAUCAAAGAGUUCCGUGUAUCUAUGGAGACGUUGAUCAAGUUCGAUUCUAUCCCAAUCCCAAUUGCAUAUCCGCAAGUAGUCUUCCUUGCAGUUCGUGUCUACUUCACCAUCUGUAUAGUUAGCCGUCAGUUUUUAAUAUCCGAUUUGAAAUCGAAAACCCAAAUGGAUUGGCCUGUUCCAAUUAUGUCAAUUCUGGAAUUUAUAUUUGUUAUCGGCUGGAUGAAAGUGGCUGAAGUUCUUCUAAAUCCACUCGGAGAAGAUGAUGAUGAUUUUGAAGUUAAUUGGAUUAUUGAUAAGAAUAUUUCUGUGAGUUCGUUCCUCCCAGAGAUGAUUGUUAUUUUUCUCAAAUUUCAGACAGGAAUGGCAAUUGUAGACAACACUCAUGGUUACCAUCCUAACUUGGUUAAUGAUAAAUUUGCAGAUCCCGACUAUCUACCUGCCUAUUCUGAAAAGAGUCAACUGCCAAGAACACUGACUGGAUCUGCUGCCAAAGUGGAGUUGGCUUCUCCAGAUGACGCUGUAAAGAUUGUGAGGGUGAAUCCAGAAGAUGCACCGCCCACAAGCGAGCGUGGAAGCAUUUUUACAAAACGGAACGCUUUUUCUCUCAGAAAUCGAACAAUUUCAAUUUCUUCUAAUAAUAUUGAAAGCCCUAGUCAGGAGAGAAAAUUCAAUCUAUCAAUGCCUGCAACAAUGUUGAGUAAAUCCAAACAACCAGAUCGGCCUGGUUUGGAAACUCUCAACGAAGAAAACGAGCCAGCUUCAAAUAAUCAUUUCCGCAGAGGAGAUAGAAUUUAUUCAUCGGAUUCGGUAAAUGCGCUCAACUGA